UGCGGCAUUUCGAGAGUGAGUCCAACCCGCUGACAGGAGAAACAAGACGAGUGGCGGAUAGAAAAGAACCUAGGCGCUAACGUUAGGGGUGUAUCAACAGUGUCGGUUUGCGUAGCACUUGGUUCCAAGGACUUGUGAGCGUGUCGUUCCUGACCUGCGAAGUGCGAGUGUGAAGAUUAGUUUGGACGUCAGAUGAGGCAUCCGUACGCAACGUACACGCAGUCCAGCGAGGUAUAAAACCACGUAUCGAUACCAUUAACGCCUCAUACGUCCCGUCAGGUGUACGCGCAGAGCUUCAAAAUUCCUGCGAAGUAGCAGCAGUGGCGGUGAAGGUAUUGGCUUAGACAAUUAUACAACUAGAAGAUCUAGGAGAGGUUUCAGCCGUUUGUUCAUCUGCUCCUGUUCCUGGUGGUGGAUGGUGUCUUCUAGUUCCUUUUCUGUUAGCAACUAAGCUAGGCUUUACUGAUUCACGUGAGGAAGUAGGGAUACCGUGCGGAGGAGAUGGCGACCGCUGUGGUGAACAUAAUGGAUUCGUGUGUGAUAGUGGCUGGCUUACUGCUCAUGGUGUCGGUCGGUACGAUGGCAAACCAAGACGCACAGUGCCCAAAGGGUCCUGCCCAGUCAUAUCUAUGGCGAGUCAGAGACUUUCCCCCGGCAUACGUCUUCGGCACGGUUCACGUGUCUAACGAUGCCGUCUGGCCCCAUGUCCCAGGCAACGUGAAGACUGCAUGGCGAGACAGCGACGCCGUAUUUGCCGAGCUGGACUGGAGCGACAGCCAAACGCAGGAGGAAGUGCGCCGAUGUCGGCAGCUGCCCGAGGGGCAAACGAUCGAUGGCGUAUUGCCUCCUGAUGUGUUCGAACGCCUGAAGCUGUUCAUGAGGCACGUCCGUAAUGCCCUACCUGAAUGGGUGCAGAACUCGGACCACCUGUCAUCGUUCCUAAUCAACUGGAAAAUGCAGAAGAAACAGUUGUUCAAGACGUACGUCGGAGACUGGAGGAGAAAGCGGCCAAUCUGGGCCCUACUGUUGGUGAACGACUUGACCCGUGAGAAAGUUGAGGGCAGUGGCAGCACAGUGCUAGAUGAGAACUUGCUGAAUGUGGCUCGUACCCGCGGGCAGGUAACUGGUGCGUUGGAAACUGCCUCGGAGCAGUGCAACCCACUCAACAGGCUCAAUCAAAGCGUGGUGAUCCAAGCCCUCAAUAAAACGCUUGAAAUUCGGCUCAGAGAACACAGUACUGCCAAUGCACCAACAAGGGCGCCUGGUGUGAUGUCGGACACUGAUGCACUCAUCCUGGCCUACAACUGUGGCCAAUUCGACAACAAGAAAUUUCUGCGAAAGUUGAUGGGAAAGAAGAAGAAGAGACAGGCGAUGGAGUCGGCACUGCUCAAGGAGUUUGAUUACCUGGUGGAGUCGUCGCUGGUGAUUGGCCGGAACAGAGAUAUGGCUAACACGGUCAGCAGACUGCUGCGUCUACACAAGGGAAAGACGCUUUUCUUUGCGAUGGGAGUAGCACAUUUAGUUGGCAACAGCACUGUGCUGACCAACCUAAAGGCGAUGGGGCACAGCGUGGAGCCUAUGGCGCGGACGGAAGCUAUCAACCAAAGACCAAAACUGGAGGCUACGAUGAAUGACCUCCAAGCUCCACCUCGGAUUCAAGGCUCAAGUCAUGCCACUCAAUCCGCACAGAGUCCUUCAGGAAAGAAAGGUCCCUGGAAACCAACGUUCGUGGCAGUAGAGAAUGACUGGGCUAGCAUGUUCACGGAUCGAUUGAACAAGAUCGUAAAGACCUCGACCCGCAAAAGCCCUCCGUCAACGCCACUCAACGCCAUUCCCAUACGCAAGUCGGAGCGCGCUAACACAGCUACACCAGUGGCCGUGGAGGUCUACUGGAGUUCAGGAACAUCGUCGUCCACGACUAGCAAGCCGUAUUUUGCACUCUUGUUGUACAUGACAAUAGUACUCUAUCUAGCAUAGGUAGAUCUUAUUUGAGUUAAUGAAAUGACGUUAUGAAGAUAGUCUUGAGAUACUACCACGUUAUCCGACCGAGAAUUGCAAAAGUUCUGUGAAAAUCUUAACUGGAUCAAUAUUAUAGUUACUGUUUCGUCCUUGGAAGGAUCACAUUAUUUUAAAUUGGAGCCUAUAAUUAUGGUAAGGUUGGAUUCUAGUUACAUUGUAUCUUCAAAGACAUCGCAGAACUUUGAAAACGCUUGAUAUGUAUUAUAAAAUUUGUCAUCUUCUUUUCCCAUUAAAAAUCCUGUAUUCCUCCCGUAUUCCACCAGUUCUCACAUUGAGAUUUUAUUCCUUGCGAAUGAGAAUUGGACUUAUUUUG